GUACAUUGGGGUAAUGACGGAGGCAGCGCGCAUAUUCGCGCACAACUAUUCAGCUGAUGUACUGUUGCUUAACUCUGGCCCGCCCCUUCCUGAUGCCGAGCUCUACUCGCUCUUCAACAAGAAUGUGUGCGAGCUGGGAGCGCCGUGGGACUGGCCUCGAGGGCCCAUGGUGUGUCCUCUCGACAUCGUCUUUCGAGCCUGCUCCACCAUGCACACAUGGCUCGCAGCAGACGACGACCAUGUGGCAGUGCUGCACACACGCAGCCCCAGCAACGCGGGGGGAGCAUGCUUCCUCCGCUUCAUUGCUGCGUGCUACCUCUCCCACAGUACCCUGUUCCCUUCUCCCUCCCCCACCCCAACCACCCACGACCCCCCAUCGUCCCCCUCUUCCCCUUUCCCCUCCACAGCUGCCGUCUCUUAUCUUCCCCCAUCCUUGUCUUUUUCCCUCCUCUUCUCCUCCCCCAUCCUCCCCCAUCCUCCCCCAUUCUCCUCCAUCCUCCCCCAUCCUCCUCCAUCCUCCCCUAUCCUCCCCCAUCCUCCUCCGUCCUCUCCCAUCCUCCUCCGUCCUCCCUCGUCCCCCUCCCCAAUUCGUUAUCCCUUCCCCCACUCUCCCCCCCAAUCCCCCCAAUCAGCGCAGAGUUUCCACGCAGAGUUUCCCAGUGCGUGGCAGGCCCUUGUUUCUCUCCCCCAACCCCUCGGCCAACCAGAACUCGCCACGUGGCACCCCCUCCCCCCCGAAGAGCUGGGGGAGGGGAAGGGGGAGCAUGGGGGACAGGGGGAGCUUGGGGGGAAUGGGGCGCUGGGGCAGCAGAGGGAGGAGUGGGGGGAGGUGGUGGGGGGAGGGCAGACGGGCAGCAUGGGGCAGCAGCGCUACUGCACCUACGUGGACGAGUUUGUGAAGGCAGGGCGAGGGGAUGAGGUGGGCAGCACGGGGCAGCAGCGCUACUGCACCUAUGUGGAUGAGUUUGUGAAGGCUGGAUGGGGGGACGAGGUGGGUGCUGUGCGGUGCUAUGGAUCCCUCUCAACAAUCACUCUACCCUUCCCACCCCACUCCCCCCUCUCUCGCCCUUUCCCCUCCCCCUGUCAGCCAUCACUCGCCUCUCUGCCGCCCGCCGCCCCAAUUCUUCGCAAGCUCAUUCUCAGCGCAUGCCCAUCCAUUGAUGGGGCCGGCGUUUUUCGUCCAUAUCUUAAGGUGUUUCGGAGGGGAGCAGAAGUGAGCAGCAGUGUCUUGCCUGGGGAGGUGAGGCUGGGGGGAGUGAGGCUGGGGGGAGUGAGGAAUGGGGGAGGUGAGGUGUGGACGAAGAGGAGGGAAGAGGCGGUGAAAUAUGGGCAGGUUGCACCUGGACAGGUAGCAUUUGGACAGGUAGCAUCUGGACAGGUAGCAUCUGGACAGGUAGCAUCUGGACAGGUAGCGUCUGGACAGGUAGCAUCUGCACAGGUAGCAUCUGGACAGGUAGCAUCUAGCCAAUGCGCAUAUGGACAGAUAAUAUCUCGAGAAAAAGGCAACAGCAGCAGGGACGAGAGCGAGCCUGUGUUUGUCUUCGCCUUCCACUCGGCGUUCCUAUGCAUCGGCCUCACCCGAAUAACCCUUCACGAGCUUGACUGUGCAUACGGGGGGGACAUCCAAGUGCCUGCGGAUUUCUUCAUCGACGUGCUUAUAGAUAUGCCGCAGCCACGUGGCGGCACGCCAUUGGCCGACGCCGCCAACCCCGACGGCGCGCCAGCUGGCAUGAUGCUGACGUGGCAGCAGCUGCUGGCGGCGUACCGGGACGACUUUGUGGAAGCUUCUAGGAAGCAGCGGAUGGCUCAAGGAAGGGGAGAGACGAGGCUGGGGAGAGCAGAGGGAGAGAGGAGUGAGCGAGAGGGAGAGAGGAGUGAGCGAGAGGGAGAGAGGAGUGAGCGAGAGGGAGAGGAAGGGUUGAAUGGGAGAGGUAGCAGGACGUUUCCAUCGGAUCAGCAGGAGCGUUUCAAGCCGGCGUUUUCUCAAAGCGCUCUCGCCACGGAAGCAGUAGACGGGAGGGGCAGGUCGGCUCCGUUGCAAGAGCAACAGAGGGACUGGAGGGGUGGAGAGGGGGAUGAGAGGAGGAGCCUGGCUCGCAGCUUGGUGACAGAGGUGCAAGCACACCCUCUCUUGCGCCACACAGGACAGCCAAGCCACCCAGACAUGCUGUCUGUGCCGCCCAUGCCGCCCGGAACGGCGUUCAUGCCGCCCGAAGUGCCGUUUUCUCGAUACAGCCUCCCUCCCACUCCCACAACGCCUCACAUGCCGCCCUCCCCCCACUCGCCCCUUCCCCACUCACCCCUCCCCCAACUUGCAUCCCUUUCCGAAGAUUUCAGCCUCUCCCAUUCCUCCUCUGCUGCUCCUCUCUCCUCCGCAAGCCAGCCGUCACAGGAGCUUGACUCUCUAGCAGAUCUCCUCAUUCGCAUGUCUCUGUCUACAGGCUCGCGCCAUAGCAUGGGCGGUGGGGGGUUGAAGGGGGGUGAACGGCAUGGCAUGGGGGGUGGGGGAUUAAAAGGGGGCGAACUGCAUGGCAUGAGGGGUGCGGGAUUAAAAGGGGGCGAACGGCAUGGCAUGGGGGGUGGGGGAUUGAAGGGGGUUGACAUGCACAGCAAGGGUGUGAGCUUUGAGCAAGGGGGGGAGAGGCACAGCAUUGGGGGUGGGAGUGUGAAGGGGAGAGCCGUGGGUGAGGGGAGCAUGGUGGGGGGUGCAGAAAGGAUGGGGCAGGAAGGGAGUUUGGGGGGGAAGGGGACAAUGGGGUUUGCGGGGGGGAUGAGGGGGGAGGGGAGCAUGGGGGGUGCGGAGGGGAUGGGGGAAGAGAGGCAGAGCAUGGGGAAUUGGGGAGUCGAUGUGAGCGCUAUAGGUGGGGAGGGGACGGAAGGUAUGGGAGGGGAUUGGGAGGGCAUGGGUAGUGGGGAUGCGAUGGGGGGAAAGUGGGAAGGCAAGGGCAUGGGAAGUGAGGAUGUGGGGGUAGUGAGGGAGGUGAGGGACGCAGGAGGAGAGUGGAGAGCAGGGGCGGGUGAAGCAAAAGGGGAUCGCUUGAGAGCAAGUGCCACUCGAGAUCCCAAGCACGUGCUGCCACCUGACCGCCUGGGCCUGCUGCUUCAGGUGAUUCCAACAGAGGAGGAGGCGGCGAAGUUUAGAGCAGUCUCUGGUGCUGCUUCAGGUGCCAUGUGUGCACCUGAGCGUUUCCUCUGGUCCAUAUCCUUGAUCCCUAGAAUGAGGAGGAAAAUCGAGGCGCUUAUGUUUGUGCGACAUUUCCACACCAUUGUCAACGAUGCUCGGGCAGUCAUAAAAGUUUUCUGUUCUGCUGCCCGAGCGAUCCGCAGCAGCAAGGUUCUCCGGGCAGCACUGGCAGCGGCGCUGGAAGUGGGGAACGAGCUCAAUCGAGGCAGCGCAAGGGGUUCAGCCCGCGGGUUCUCUCUGGAUUCCCUCGCUCGCCUGUCAGAAGUGCGAGUCACUCCCCCCUCCCACCGCGCCAAGGGCCUCGACACACUCACUCCCGCAGCUUCCCCAUUCCCGUCCCACCAGCCCCACCCCUCCCAUCCUCCGCUCCUGAUCGCCCGUGCAACAACUCUCCUCGACGUGGUGGUGAUUAUAACGAGGGGCGGCGACUCAACCAGACCAAAUGAGGGAGAGGAGGAAGCAGGGGAAGUAGGGAGCAGCCUUAUGGGCAGUUCAGUCAGAAACAAGGGAGGAGAGGAGGGAGCACGGGGAAGAGGGAAGCUUACAGUGGAGCUGGGAGCAGUUGGUGAGGCGGUUAGGAUGUCCCAAGCUGACGUGGCGGAUGCCACGUCAGCACUCGACACUGGCCUGCGAUUGGUGGAUGAGGAGGUGCGGCUUCUGCAGCAGGAGACAGAAGAGGCGAGGCUGCAGGAGGGGGAGGAGGCGGAGAAGCAACAAGUUGAGGAAAGGGAGGAGCGACAGGAGGAUGGACAGGGGGGGGGACUUGAUAGCGAGGGUGGGGCGGAGAGGCAGCGGAAGGGGAAGGGGGUAAGGCAGGGCGGGCUGCUGGCGGUGCUAGCAGAGUUCAGAUUGAAUGCAAGGAAGGAGAGGGAGGAACUGGCCAAUGAUGCUGAAGAGUGCAGGUCAACGCUUCGACAGCUGGCAUGCUAUCUUGGAGAGUCAAAACCCCAACCCUCAACUUCAGAUGCACUGUUCGCAUCCCUGUGGUCGUUCGCCACUCUCUUUGAUCGAGCGCAGGCGGCACUUGACAUGUGA